AAAGUCCCAGAAACAAAAAACACAAAUAAAUAAACAUAUUUGGAGAUUAGGUUGAGAUUGUUCUGUCUAUUCUCUUUUCUCUCUCCUAUUGCGGCUAGGGUUUUUCCUUUCACUCUUCUUCUUCACUUACUUACCCUUCAUCGUUUUCGUUCUCUUCGUUCGUGCGAUUCUCUGUCUUGUUUGUUUUUUAUUUGACACGAUGGAGUCGUUGUGGAGUUAAGGUUUUUUGUGUGUCUGUUAAGAAGAGGAACGAGUGGUUUGGUUGAGGUUUUGUGUCGGUGGUUGUGUUUGGAAAUGGCGACGAUGAACCCUUUUGAUUUGUUGGGCGAUGAUGUUGAGGAUCCGUCGCAGUUGAUCGCGGCUGAGCAGCUGAAGGCUGCGGCGGCGGCGGCAGCGGCGGUGCCGAAGAAGGGUCAGGAGCAGGGUAAACCGGGAACACGUGCCGGUCCGGUUCAGCAGAACAAACCGGCUCAGUUGCCAUCGAAGCCGGCUCCUCCGUCUCAGGCUGUGCGGGAUGCGAAAAAUGAAACUUCUCGUGGCGGUCGUGGUGGUGGCCGAGGAGGUGGACGUGGUUUUGGGCGUGGUAGAGGUGGCAGUGGCUUUGGUCGUGACUUUUCCAGUGACGAGAACUCAUUCCCUGCAAGUGGAGCCCCUCCUAAUCAAGGUGCAUUUGAAGAAGGAGAUGCUGGGAAAUCCUCAGAAAGACGCGGUUAUGGUGGACCUCGUGGGCCUUAUCGUGGCGGUCGUCGUGGAGGCUUCAGCAAUGGUGAAGUUGAUGAAGAAGGUCGCCCACGAAGAACAUUUGAACGCCGGAGUGGGACUGGACGAGGAAAUGAAGUCAAACGUGAAGGCUCUGGACGAGGGAACUGGGGAACUCAGUCUGAUGAAAUUGCUCAGGUGACUGAUGAAGUGGCGAAUGAAACUGAGAAGAAUUUGGGUGAUGAGAAGCCUGCAGACGAGAAAGAUGCAGCAGAUGGAAACAAGGAAAGUCCUGCUAAUGAAACUGAAGAAAAGGAGCCCGAGGAUAAGGAGAUGACACUGGAAGAAUAUGAGAAACUGAUGGAAGAGAAAAGGAAGGCCCUACAGGCACUCAAGACUGAAGAGAGAAAAGUAGAUAUUAAGGAGUUUGAAUCCAUGCAGCCACUAUCAAACAAGAAAGAAAAUGUUGAUAUCUUCAUUAAAUUGGGAUCUGAUAAGGAUAAGCGCAAAGAUGCUUUUGAGAAGGAGGAGAAAUCCAAGAAGGCUGUCAGUAUUAAUGAUUUUCUGAAGCCUGCUGAAGGGGAAAGGUACUCUUACCCGGGUGGACGUGGCCGCGGACGUGGCCGUGGUUCUAGAGGAGGUUAUAGUGGAAAUGCAACCAGCCAUGUGUCUGCUCCAUCAAUUGAGGAUCCUGGGCAAUUUCCAACUUUGGGGGGCAAGUGAGAUUUUUGAGAACCCUUCUGACAUUUCCCUGUCCUUUUUUUUAUUUUUAUUUUUUUUUCAAUUUUGGGUUCUAUGAUUUGAACUUAAGCAGGGAAAGAACUGUGGUAAUUGGACUUCCUGAAUUAGAGGGGUUAUUUAACUUUUUAUGCCUUAAAAUUGUAAAUUUAGGUUGUUCUUCA